AUGGAUUAUAUUUUUAUUAAAGCAAGGUAUAGAGGAAAUAAUAUUGUGGCCAUCAAGAGUGGAGAAGCAUGGUUGGAGGAGGUGGAAGAUAUCAAAGAGUUUGUGUUUGACCAUUUUAGGUAUCAUUUUGAAGCAAGAUGUUGGAGGAGACUCACAUUGGAUGAGGUGUACUUUCAAGAGCUCUCUAAGGAGGCAAAUGAUUCAUUGAUGCAACAUUUCACCUUGGAGGAAGUGGUGGAUAUGAUUCACUCGUGCUCUGAGGAUAAAAGCUCAGGAUCAGAUGUGUUCAAUUUCGCAUUCUUAAAGAAAUUCUGGCCAUUGCUAAAGGAAGAGAUUAUGUGGAUGUUGAGGGACUUUUAUAGAAAUGCAUCAUUCCCAAAAGAAAUAAAUUCCUAUUUUGUGGCCCUUAUUCCUAAAACGACGUGUCCACAAGGUUUAGAGGAAGAUAGGUCAAUUUCUUUAGUCGGUUGCUUAUACAAGGUUGUGGCAAAGUUAUUGGCCAAUAGGUUGAAAAGGGUGCUUGAUCCGGUAAUCGCUCAUACUCAAACAACCUUUGUCCCUAAGAGACUCAUGUUAGAAGGGUUAGCCACUUUGAAUGAGGUCAUAGAUUGGGUGAAGAAGAAAAGGAAGCCAUGUUUCAUACUCAAAGUGGAUUAUGAGAAGGCUUAUGAUUCAAUUGAAUGGUCUUUCUUGAUCUAUAUGCUCCGGAAGUUGGGUUUUAAUGAAGAAUGGAUUCGUUGGAUAGAGGCAUGUGUGUGUGGUGGCCAUUUAUCAAUCUUGGUGAAUGGAAGUGAAACAAAAGAGUUUGAAAUAGGAAGAGGUUUGAAGCAAGGUGACCCUUUGGCCCUGUUUUUAUUUAUUACUGUAGUGGAGGCAUUAGGGGGCCUUAUGAGAAUGGCAAGGGAGAAGGGUAUGUUUCAAGGGUUGGAGAUAGAGGGGGGGGGUACUCAUAUUACUCACCUACAAUUUGCGGAUGACACCAUUAUUGUAAGUGGGGCAAAGUGGGAGAACCAAUGGUGUAUUAAGGCGAUUUUACGUUGUUUUGAACUGGCUUCUGGAAUGAAAAUCAACUUUCACAAGAGUAAGCUCAUUGGUGUGAACAUUGAUCACGACUUUGUGGACCAAGCGUCAAGUUUCUUUCAUUGCAAAAUUAGCUCAAUUCCCUUCCAUUUUUUGAGAAUUCUAGUGGGGGCCAAUCCUAGAAAGAGGAGCACAUGGGAAAGACUAAUAGACAUGUUGAAAUCUAGAUUGGGGAGUUGGAAGACCCGAUUCUUGUCUAUUGGAGGAAGGGUGACCUUAUUAAAUGCGGUUCUUAAUAGCAUUCCUAUUCACUACCUUUUGUUUUAUAAGAUGCCAAAAGGGGGUGGUUAA